AAAUUUGACGAAUACGUUGUUGAAAGGACCUAUCCGAUUCCUAGUUGACUGACCAAAGAAAAAAAAGCUGGUUCAUCACCUGUGCUCCUAUGGCUGGCCAAAGCUUUCUCCUUGAUAUAUCCAUGCUUCUUGGUUUGAUGGCGAUUUUAUCAUCAUGUGGGAGUUGUAGCUUUCACACUGAACUUUCCCUUGAAGAAGCAACUUUGAAAGAUCUCCAACGUGCUUUCUAUCAAAACAAACUCACCUCCAGGCAACUUGUCGAGUUUUACCUCGAACAAGUGCGUAGACUUAACCCCAUCCUAAAAGGGAUUAUAGAAGUGAAUCCAGAUGCUUUAGACCAAGCCUCUCGAGCUGACCUCGAGCGCAAGAAAAGCUCACCAAGAUCUUUGUCUCCACUUCAUGGCAUUCCUGUACUUGUAAAAGAUAACAUUGCAACCAAGGAUAAGCUCAACACAACCGCUGGCUCUUUUGCUCUACUUGGCUCUGUUGUUCCUCGUGAUGCAGGUGUGGUUACUAAGUUGAGGAUGGCAGGUGCAAUCAUAUUUGGAAAAGCGAGCCUGAGCGAGUGGUCUUACUUCAGGUCCAAUGCACUUCCCAGUGGUUGGAGCGCUAGGGGUGGCCAAGGCAAGAAUCCUUACACAAUGGGAGAACCGUGUGGCUCCAGCAGCGGCUCUGCCAUAUCUGUUGCAGCAAAUAUGGUUACAGUUUCACUGGGAACCGAAACUGAUGGAUCAAUAUUAUGCCCUUCUACUCUCAACUCAGUAGUUGGCAUUAAACCCACAGUAGGUCUCACCAGUAGAGCAGGGGUCGUUCCGAUCUCUUCGAGGCAGGACACUGUCGGGCCUAUUUGUAGAACAGUGUCAGAUGCGGCUUAUGUUCUAGAAGCCAUUGUAGGAGCGGAUAGAUAUGACAAUUCAACAAUUGAAGCAUCAAAAUACAUUCCAAAAGGAGGAUAUGGCCAAUUUCUAAGGGCUGGUGGGCUGAAAGGAAAGAGAAUAGGAAUUGUGAGGGAAUUCUAUGAUUUUGGUCCUGAUGACACUUUCUACACUCAAGCUUAUGAGAAAGUCGUCAAAACCUUGAAGAAAGGAGGAGCAAUAUUGGUGGACAAUCUGAUGAUAGACAACCUAGAGCAAAUCUUUGACGGUUCAAGUGGGGAACAGAUUGCAUUGCUUGCCGAAUUCAAAAUAUCCUUAAAUGCCUAUCUCAAAGAGCUAGUUGCUUCUCCAAUUCGAUCCUUGUCAGAUGCAAUAGAAUUCAACAAAAAGAACUCAAAACUUGAAAAUCUAGAGUAUGGUCAGGAGGAAUUUCUAAAAGCAGAAGCCACAAAUGGAAUCGGAGAUGCAGAAAAGGCAGCAUUAGCCAGAUUAGCAAAACUGUCAAAAGAUGGAUUUGAGAGACUGAUGAUUAAGAAUAAGCUUGAUGCAGUAGCAGCUCCUGGUUCGCUAAUAUCUCCUGUUUUUGCAAUUGGAGGUUUUCCUGGAGUUAGUGUACCAGCUGGAUAUGACCCUCAAGGGAAUCCCUAUGGUAUCUGCUUUGGAGGAUUAAAAGGAUUCGAGCCAAGGCUGAUAGAGAUUGCAUAUGGAUUUGAGCGUUUGACUAAGAGUAGAAAGCCCCCUUCAAUUAAGAGACAAUAAAUUAUCCAUCUAUGGAUGAAAUCUUAAGGUUUGCCAGAAGCUAUUAGACUUGUAAUGUUUAAUCCUUGUGAUGAAACUACAUGUUUCAACAAGUAAUAAAAUGAUUUCCUUAAUUUAAAUACAAAA